AUGGAGAAAGAGAAGGUUGAAAGAGAUGAACAUUUCAAGAGGGCCGAUGGUGAGGAGUAUAGUGAAGUUGUUGCUGAAGGGCUAUGGAAUGACCUUGAGCAAGAAAGAUAGCUGCAGAACGAUGUUAAAUGGCCCAUUGGUUGGUCUCUUGGUGGUUAUCCUGGUCCUCGGGGACCAUACUACUGUGGUGUUGGUGUUGACGAGGCCUUCGGCAUUGUUGAUGCCAGUAGACGGCAUGCCGGUAUGAAAAUUGGUGGUAUGAACGGAGAAGUGAUGUCGGGCGAGUGGAAAUUUCAAGCUGGCCCUUCAUUCGGUAUCUCUGUUGGAGAUGAAUUACGGGCUGCAGCUCGUUACAUACUGGAGAGGAUAACUGAGGUUGCUGGUGUUGUGCUUUCAUUCGAUCCUAAGCCAAUUCAGGAAAUCGGACUUCUGUUUUGUCAAGAAGAUUGGAAAGGAGGGGGAGCACACAAAAAUUACAGUGCUAUGUCUAUGAGAAAUGAAGGAGGCUAUGAAGUCAUCAAGAAAGCAAUUGAAAAGCUUGGUCUGAGGCAUAAAGAACAAAUUGCAUUUUAUGGAGAAGGGAUUGAGCAGAGACUUACCGGACGAAGGCACGAAACAGAGGAUAUUAGUACUUUCGAUUGGGGUUUUGCUAAUCGCAAAGCUUCCAUUUGUGUUGGCCGUGACAUAGAGAAAGAAGGAAAGGGGUAUUAUGAGGACAUAAGGCCUGCUUCAAACAUGGAUCUAUAUGUUGCGACUUCCAUGAUUGUAGAAACCACCAUCCUGUGGAAGCCAUGAGAAUCUCAAGCAAAAUAAUGUUGUUAGUAGUAGUACUUGUUAAAACAAUCCAAAUUAACCAAAAAAAAAAAUACAAGGAUUGAUAAUGUAUUUUUUAGUC